AUGGCACUCGUCAUAGGAGCUCGUAUUUGGAGACGGUGUGUCAUUUUCGCCCCUGCAGCCCGGCCAUUGCAGCCCUGUAAGCUGUCGCGCGUAACCUGUCCGAACAACACCGAGAAAGCUUGUCGAAAUGCCACCUUGGAACGUCUUGAACAAACGUGUAGCCACCGACUCCCUAGAUCUAGGCGCGAGCAAGAAGAUGGGGGAGGUGAAACGUUGCCGGAGUCUUUUUCUUCAGAAAGGCAAAAUAUGGCCCAGCUUGGAAUAUAUUAUGAAGAAUUGAAACCUGCUGCCAUAGAUAAUUGUAAUGAUGAAGAAACAAGUCCACUGUUUCCUCUCACAAGUGGCACCACUAUUGAAACUGGAACAGGCGAAUGGACUCCUCAAAGAGCCAUGUAG